CACUUAAGUCUCUCUUUACCUUUUCUUUCAUAUAAAGCAAUGAAUUCUUUAAGAGGGUUGGUGAAAUCUGAAAGGAAUCCUAUUUCGUUGGAGUUUGUUGUAUAUUGUAAUUGUGUCUAAUCUUUUUUUUCCCCUACUUGUUGAAACUAUUGAGUAUAGCUUUGACCUUUUAUACAUAUCCCUCGACGUGAUAUGUUCAUUCAUAUGAAACCACAAAGCUGAAGCUCUUAUGUUGCUCUUUGGUGUCUUAUAAAUUCUUGAUUGCAGUUUCUUGCGUCUAACUGAAGCUGUGACACUCAUUAAAAGCUAUGGAUUUCAAUCAAAAAGCUCAUCCGGAUUGCGUAUACUCAGACAAUCCUUUCCAUGAAUGUGCUUCAGCUUGCCUAGAGAAAAUUGCUCAAGGCCAUGUCAAGAAGAAGACUAAGAAGCAAGGUUUAAAGGCUCUUAGUUUCUCAGGGAGUUUUGGUAGGAAAAAGAAUGAAUCAUAUCCACAACCGCUUACACCGUUAUCUGCAAGGCCAUAUCAAAAUGGUGGAGGCAGCUUUGGAAACGCUAAUUCAACUAAGGUUCACCAUGCAGUUGCUGUGAAGAACAAGAUAGUUUCUGAUACGAAUAAGUCUUUCUCCUCUUCAUCAUCCGAUGAUUUCUUUAAGCAUAAACCGGAGAAGAAGCUCUCUCAGAUCAUUCCUCUUUCCCCAAAAAAAUUGGUUGAUAAAAGCAAACCGGUAUCACCUAAACCGGAAAAACAAGAAGGAAAGAAUGAAGCAGACAGUGAAACUACAUUAUUUAAUAGUGGUGAUAACAGUGAUGAUGAUGAUGAAGAUGAAGAAAAUAACAAUGAAAUUGGAGUAGAGCUCGAUCUUGAGUCAGUAAUGUCUGACACUAUCGUCUCUGUCGGGAAAUACAGAGUGAGAUCGGGUUUGGCAGCAAUCCUAAGAGCUAUCAUCGAGAAACAUGGAGACAUUGCUCAGAACUGUAAGCUGGAGUCGGGAUCAAUGCGGUCUCGUUACCUCGAGUGUUUAUCUUCGUUGAUGCUAGAACUUAAGUCAACCCCGGUCGGGAAGUUGACCAAAGUCAAAGUCAAGGAGAUGUUGGCUGUUUUUAAAGACUUGGAGUCGGUGAACAUCGAAGUGGCUUGGCUGCGUUUGGUUCUUGAGGAGUUUGCACGGUCUCAAGAAGAUGUAGAGAGUGAAAAAGAGAGGCAAGAGGGUUUAGUGAAAGCUACGAGAGAAGAGCUUGGAGCUCAAGAAGCAGAUUUGGUUCGGAUGGAGGAGGAAGUGGCCAAAGCGAGGGCCCGGAUCGAGGAGACACGGGCCAUGAUGGUUGAGAUGGAGAGUGAAUGGGUGAGGAUGGAGAAAAUAGGAUUCAAAAUGGAGAAAUUUAAAGGUAAAACGUUUAUAGAUGAGCUUCUGUGAGUUUUGUGUUGUGUGAUUGUGAUGUUGUUAAGUGUUAAUAGUAAGUAGUAGCACAAUAUUUAAAUACUCUACAAUGAGUUUUCAGAGGUUAAAAGUAUAUGGGUAAAGAUGGUUUUAUAUCACUAAGCUGAAUGUUUAUUUAUUAGUAACGUUGUUGAUGUGUCUUGUUGUUGCUAAUAAAAUGUUUGGCUUUUGAAUGCAAAUGCUCUUUUAUUUUUUAGUUUC